AUGACUUACAGGGACAUUAGUAGUUUAUGUGAAAUGACAAGAGUAUUGUCAUAUCCUCGUCUUAUAUCAAUGGAGAAUUUUCGUCAGCCAAACUUUCCUCUAGUAGCUGAACUGAUGAAGUGGCUUGUUAAACAAUAUGAUGCUCAAGCCGAUAUUCCUCAGGAUAUUGACGGUGAACAAGAUCGUGUCAUAUUUAUCCGAACUGUGGCACAAAUUAUUGCUACCAAAGCUCACAUGAAAUUAAAUACAAAAAAGCUUUAUCAAGCCGACGGCUAUGCUGUAAAAGAAAUUCUUAAAGUCAUUACACCAUUAUACAAAGCAUUGCGCGACAGUGAAGAAAAGGAACUUGAAGACGAUGAAGAUAUUGGUCAAAAUUAUCGAUACGCAAUGAAUGACGAUAUAAGUACGUUGAAAAACGCUCGUAUUCUGUGCUCGACAAUCACGCAAAAGGGAGCAAAUUUACAUGAAUUACUUGGAAAAGAACUUGAUGCAAGAGAAGCUCGACAAGAAGUUAUCAAUCGGAGUAUGGAAUUGUCAGAAGUUGAAGAAGGAAUUAAAGAAGCUGCAAGGGCUGCAAAACGUGAACUAGAAAAGCAUCAAAAGAUGAUUGAUAAUGUGCAGAUUGACGAACAAGCAUUAGAUGAAAAGAUUCAAAAACGCAGAGAAGAAAAAGACAGACACCAAAGACGAUUGGACAUGCUGAGAAGUGUUAGACCAUCAUUUAUGAAUGAUUUUGAAAAGUUCGAACAAGAAUUAAAUGAUCUGUACUCAAAUUAUGUAUUGAAAUUUCGUAUUGCAUCCUAUUUAGAAAAAGAGCUUGAAGGACACUUUAAAAAUCAACGAGAAAAAGUCCAAGAAGUAUCAAGACAGUAUAUGCAGUCAAUCAAUUCACAUAUCACCGAGCAGGAACAACAAAUGCUUAAUAGACAACUAAAUGAUCCGAAUGAAGACAUAGGCGAGCACAGUGAUGAAGAAGAAAGUGAGGAUACAAGCGAGAAUGAAAGCGAUGAAGAAGACUUAGGACAACAAAAAAUGAAUAUGAAAAUGGAAAAUGGAAAAUCCUUUGGGGCAAUGACGGGUGACUUGAGUGACGAUGAACAACCACAAGAUGAAUACGACAAUGAGGACGAUGAACUCGUUGCUGUACAACGACAACAAAAGAAAAUGGGAGGUAGUCGUAAAAGACAACAGCAACGGAUGCCAUAUGAUGAUGAUGAGAAUUUUUAA